UGGGAGGAGGGUCACUUUCACAUUCAGCCUGAGCAGACAUGCUGGAAGGUGAGUAGCAAGGAGCUGUUUGAUCAGAGCUUUGGAGAAAAUGGAACUUGUAAGUGCGUAUGGCUCAAAGAACCCUUUCCCCUACCGGAUCGCACGUCACUUGUGAAGAAAAGAAAUAUGGAUUUUAAUGAUACUUAAAACUUAGGUAUCACUCCACAGGACCAAAUCUUCUGAAGACAUGUUUGUCCCUAACCACAGCACAAAAUGCCUGCACCUGUGGAAGCGCACAAUUUAUGCCCGCUUUGGUCAAUUGUUGACAUGGAAUUUAUAUGGCUCGUGUUUUUAUCGACAUCAUGGUUUCUUGGAAACAGUCCAGAUAUCUAUGGAUCACCAAAAGCUUUAUAGUUCUCAAAAGGAGAAGAUGGACAUGUCUGAAUACUCUGUAGAAUGUAUUAGAAAUUUCAGUAUAAUAGCUCAUGUGGACCAUGGGAAAAGUACUCUGGCCGACAGAUUGCUUGAAAUUACAGGGCGUAUUCCGAAAGCAGUUUCUAACAAGCAAGUCCUGGAUAAACUACAAGUGGAACGAGAGAGAGGAAUCACAGUAAAAGCACAGACUGCAUCUCUGUUUUAUACGUUCAAAGGCAAAAAAUAUCUUUUAAACCUGAUAGACACCCCAGGACAUGUGGAUUUUAACUAUGAAGUCUCUAGAUCCCUCUCUGCUUGCCAAGGUGUCCUGCUAGUAGUUGAUGCAAAUGAGGGUAUUCAGGCGCAGACUGUGGCAAACUUCUUUUUAGCCUUUGAAGCACAACUUGCAAUAAUCCCUGUUAUAAACAAGAUAGAUUUGAAGAACGCAGAACCAGAGAGAGUAGAGAAGCAAAUUGAAAAAAUGUUUGAUAUUCCGAGGAGCGACUGCAUUAGGAUCUCUGCCAAGCUUGGAACAAAUGUUGAACGAGUUCUUGAAGAGGUUAUAACAAAACUCCCACCACCAAACAUUGACCCAAAAAGCCCCUUGAAAGCUCUGUUGUUUGAUUCAACAUUUGAUCAUUACAGAGGCGUUGUGGCUAAUAUUGCACUUUUUGGGGGACAGGUUUCCAAAGGCCACAAAAUCGUGUCUGCUUAUACUGGAAAGAGCUAUGAGGUCAAUGAGGUUGGCAUCUUAACACCUGAAGAAGUACCGACUGAUAAGUUGUAUGCCGGACAGGUAGGUUAUUUAGUUGCUGGAAUGAAAGAGGUGAAUGAAGCUCAAAUAGGUGACACUCUGUAUCUGCAAAAGCAUCCUGUGGAGCCACUUCCUGGAUUCAAAUCUGCCAAACCCAUGGUAUUUGCAGGCAUGUAUCCAGUCGAUCAGUCUGAAUAUAACAACCUCAAGAGUGCUUUAGAAAAGCUGACAUUGAAUGACUCUAGUGUAACUGUAAAUCGGGACAGCAGUCCAGCGCUCGGAGCUGGAUGGAGGUUAGGUUUCCUUGGGCUUCUGCACCUUGAAGUUUUUAACCAGCGCUUGGAACAGGAGUAUAAUGCUUCAGUAAUUAUGACUGCGCCAACUGUACCAUACAAGGCUAGACUGUCCUCGCCGAAACUGAUAAAGGAAUAUGGUGAAGAAGAGAUAACUAUAGUAAACCCAUCUGAUUUUCCUGAUAAAUAUCAAGUAUCAGAAUUCCUUGAGCCUAUGGUGUUAGGCACCAUCAUUUCACCAGAUGACUAUAUGGGAAAGAUAAUUACAUUAUGCCAGUCACGACGAGCGAUUCAGAAGAGCAUGGUGUACAUCGAUGAUCACAGAAUUAUGAUGACAUACCUAUUCCCUCUAAAUGAAAUUGUUCUGGAUUUUUAUGAUAAUCUAAAAUCACUUUCUUCUGGAUAUGCAAGUUUUGACUAUGAAGAUGCUGGUUAUCAGGCGGCAGAACUUGUCAAAUUGGAUAUUUUGCUAAAUGGACGUCCUGUAGAAGAGUUGGUGACCAUUGCACACAAAGAUAAAGCUUAUGCGGUUGGGAAAGCAAUUUGUGAAAGGCUUCGUGAUGCGAUACCCAGGCAGUUGUUUGAAAUAGCGGUGCAGGCAGCUAUUGGCAGCAGGAUCAUAGCAAGAGAAACGAUUAAAGCCUACAGGAAAAAUGUCCUGGCAAAAUGUUAUGGAGGUGACAUUACAAGAAAAAUGAAGUUGCUAAAGAAGCAAGCUGAAGGCAAGAAAAAAAUGAGGAGAAUUGGGAAUGUGGAGGUGCCAAAAGAUGCAUUUAUAAGCGUAUUAAAAAGGACUACCGACAAAUGAAAAUGAAUUAACUAGCCACAUAUUUGUUCAAUUUGGAACAGAACCAGUGACUUGAACUUUGGCAUGCAGUAUGGCCAAAAAGCCGAUGUACAACACCCACAAUGUUCAGGCAGCAUGUAAAAAAAACAAGGGCAGCCGUGGAUGGCUGAGUAAGAUUAGACUGCGUCUCUUUUUAGGAAAGAAACCGUUCUGUGUCUUACUACUUGAGCUUCAUUCUCAGAGACUAUCCAAACUGUUGCACUUUGUUGAAGAUUCCCAUCAUGACCCAUCAUGGAUCCUAUUUUCCAUAGACUUACUACUUUCAACACAAAGUAACCUUGUUCUUAUACAGAAUAACACCAGUCAAAAUGAUUGUCUUCUGCUGAUGAUCAUGGGAUGGAUUCCAGAUUGGUAACCAGUGUCCAUAGUAAACUGUCAGUUAUAAAUUUGUUUACUCCCUGAAUCGGUUUGGAAAGCAUUCUGCAGUCAAAACAGCAAUUAAAAUUUCUUUGGAUAAAAUAUUUUUUUCAAUGGAUAAUAAAAUACAGUGUGAAAUAUCA